AGUGCGUCCCGUAUCAGUUCAUUACGGAACACGUCUUUUAGUUUCCAAAUAAGGGACGAUUCCGUUUUUUACGGGACGGUUGGCAAGUCUAAUUCAUGGCGAUGCGUGUUUCGCACGUAGUUGCGUCGAAAACGUAAGUUUAAUAUGUCUUAAAGCCUGUACUUUGGUUACAUAAAUGUUGGGUUCAUAUUGAAACAUUCUGUGUGUAAGUUUUAUAGUUCAUGUGUCUUACACCGGUCGCAUUUCUAUGCCGUUUUAUGUCCGUAAAUAGUGUAUGAAGCAAGCUAACGGGUGACCCAUGAAUGUCCGGUGAAUGCAACUUUUCCCUCUCAAUUUACCCUCGUCUUGCACCCUUGGCAAGCGGAGCGAGUUUCACGGUGCUAUUUCAACAAAAGAAUUCUACAAUAAAAGGUUGCACCCGUCAGAGACUCUCCGGUUAUCUCGAUGUCAAGGGCUGCUACAGUGAAACUCGACCACGACGAAUCCUCUUCCACGGACCCUCAACGCUGCAUCUGGACGUCCAACUUCGAUGUGCGGGCAUCUUCAAUACUGUAAAUAAGACAUCGCCCGAUGUCCUGCACACAUUCCCACAGGCGCCUCAGCUGCAUCAAGAGAUACUGUACACAUAAUCAAAGGUGAUGUGGUAAGAGAACUUAAAAACACACUCUGGCAACCUAAGAGUUUAAGAACGGUUAAACAAGCAAGUUCAUUGUAAAGGUUAAAUGCGUGGUUUGAAUGUUGUUAAUUUGAUGGCUUUAAUGUCCAUGAUCAAGUCCGAAAUAAUUGUUAUCUCAUGAAACCCUAACUGUUGAAGCUCAUUAUUUUAAAGGUCUGAUUGUGAAGUACCAGUAGUAUUUUCGUCCAUAACAUUUUGCCCUUCUUGUGCAUAUUGUUUUGCUAAUCUUGAGGUGUUCAUAAGGUGUAAAUGUCUAAGUUUGAGUGUUAUUUAGUAGUACUUGCGUAAAGUUAAAGCCACCACUCAUCCAAAUUUAAGUCCAGACAUUAAAACACUUCAAGGAGCAAACUAAUAUAUCAGACCAUCAAAAUGUUAACACCUGCUGAAGAACCAGACUGCCCCCCGGAAGACCAUCAGGGGAGGUCCAGCUCACGAGAACGAAGUUUAACAGAAAAGGGCCUAGUGAUGCAAGAACAGGAAGCAAAGAAAAACGAAAAGGCAUUCAACAAAGCCUAUGACUCGUGGAAGCAGUUAGCCAGAGAAACAAGAGUAAAAUUAAAGGCUCUCUGCUCACCUGAAGAACUUGAUACAAUCGAAAGAGACAUUAAAGCUAAACACGCCAUAGUGCAACAACAUUAUGAGCCAAUUCGCUGCAACCAUACUACUACCCCAGUUAUUGUUCAAAGAAUGGAUGCAUGUGGCACUCUAACAGACGAAAUGUUUGAGCUCAUAAACAAACGUCCAGAGAUCAUAGAUGAGACAUUUAAUGAAAGUAAGGAAAAGGAAAGAGUGAGGAUGACGCUAAAUAAGAAUGAGUAUGAGUCUGUCUUUGGAAAAACAGAAACAGUAAUUUCAUCCCCCUCAGAAAGCUCAAACUCAAAAGCCACCUCCAGGUCUUCUAGUAAACGUGCAGACGCAGAAGCAGAUCUUGCAGCUAAGCUAGAACAGGCCAAUGCAAUGGAAGAAAUACAUGAACAACAAACAAAACUCAUUAAGCUGGAGAGUGAAUGGAAGCUUAAAGAGGCAGAAGUUAAAUUAAGACUAGAGGAGGAGAAAACAAAGCUACAACGGCUACAAGCGUCAAAGGAAGUAAAGGUAGCAGCAGCACGAGUCAAAGCAUACAAUGCCUUUGAUAAUGUUGAAAGUUGCAAUCAAGAGGUCGACAACAUAAUACUGCCCGACUACCUAAAUACUGAUCUUCAAACUCCACUAAAUCCAAGAGCCCUGCCAUUUCAAUCUCAGCAAAGAUCCCCUGAGAUGUUGAGAAAUCAAGAGGAGGUGAGUCUAACCCAAGCGCUUGCAAGCUCACUUAUUCUUAAUCGUCUGCCUGUACCAGAACCCUCCACGUUUACCGGUGACCCUUUAGAGUACUUGGAUUGGAAGACAUCCUUUAUGGCACUUAUCGGCCAGAAGCCCCUCCCUGUGUGUGAAGAAAUGCUAUACCUAAAGAGUUAUCUUGCAGGGGAGGCACGCAGAGCAGUUGAAGGAUUCUUCUACCGAAACACUGAAGACGCAUAUAAGGGCAUUUGGAACGUGCUACAGGACAGAUACGGAAAUCCAUUCAUCAUCCAAAGGGCUUUUAGGGACAAACUCACAAAAUGGCCAAAGGUAGCUGCAAAUUUUCUGCAAAGUUGCGCCGAAGCCACUCCCCACGUUAAAGGCUUAGCCACCCUCAACGAUUUGUGCUCCAUCUGA